AUGGGCAUGAAUAUGGCAGUUGAUCUGGAUGCAGAGGAAUUAUUAAUCAUGGGGGAUUCUGAUUUAAUCAUUCGGCAAGCCCAAGGUGAGUGGAAAACUCGAGCCAUCAAACUCAUACCGUACAUGAAACAUGUGGAAGAUCUUAGCAAACGGUUCAAGUCCGCCGAGCUCAAGUAUAUUCCUCGAUUUCAUAAUGAGCUAGCUGAUGCACUAGCUACUUUGGCCUCAAUGCUUCCGUACCCGGGUAAUGCUUAUAUUGACCCACUGGAAAUCCAAAUUCGAGAAAGGCAUGGUUACUGUAACGCAAUUAAAAUGGAGCCAGAUGUUCAACCAUG